UCUCUCUUUCAAUCUUCGCUUGCCCUACUGAUCUCCCUGCUCGACUAAGAUGGCGGCUGCUGUCAGAGCUAUUGGGAGUUUGACGCGCUUCACGGCUGCUGCCAAGUAUUGCCCGACCCGGAGCAGUUUCUUAGAUUAUGCUUGCCGAAACCUCUGCACUUCCUCUGCUACUAAAUCUAGAACCCAUGUUAAUUAUGACAUCAAAGAAGGUGUUGCUGUUGUUCGUUUUAACACCCCUAAUUCCAAGGUAAACACAUUGUCCAAGCAAAUGCAAGCUGAGUUCGUAGAUAUAAUGAAUGAAAUAUGGAGCAAUGAUGCUAUCAAAAGUGCGGUCCUUAUUUCAGAAAAACCCGGUUCUUUCAUUGCUGGGGCAGACAUCAACAUGAUUGAGGCUUGUGGGUCCAGCCAAGAAAUAACUCAACUGUCUCAGGAAGGACAGAAGAUGCUGCAGAGCCUUGAAAAGUCACCCAAACCCAUUGUUGCUGCUAUCAGUGGUUCCUGCUUUGGUGGAGGGCUAGAGGUUGCCAUUGCUUGCCAAUAUAGAAUAGCCACUAGGGAUAAAAAGACAGUCCUGGGAACUCCUGAGAUGUUGCUGGGAUUGCUUCCAGGGGCAGGAGGCACCCAGAGAUUGCCAAAGUUGGUAGGAAUUCCUGUUGCCUUUGACAUGAUGUUGACUGGAAGAAAUAUUCGUGCUGACAAAGCAAAAAAAAUGGGACUAGUAGACCAGCUGGUAGAUCCACUAGGUCCAGGUAUCAAAAGCCCUGAGGAACGAACCUUGGAAUAUCUGGAAGAGGUGGCCAUCACAUUUGCCCAGGGACUAGCCAACAAAACAGUUGCUCGAAAGGUGGACAAAGGGCUGAUUCAGAAAGUGACGGAUUAUGCCUUGACGAUUCCCUUUGUAAGGCAACAAGUAUACAAAACAGUAGAAAAAAAAGUACAGAAGCAAACCAAAGGACUUUAUCCUGCACCCUUGAGCAUCAUUGAGGUUGUGAAGACUGGCCUGGAACAAGGCAAUGAAGCUGGCUACCUUCUGGAAUCCCAGAAAUUUGGGGAACUUGGGAUGACUCCUGAAUGCAAGGCCUUAAUGGGGCUCUACCAUGGUCAGGUGCAGUGCAAGAAGAACAAGUUCGGGGAGCCCAAGCAACCAGUCAAGAAUCUUGCUAUCCUGGGAGCUGGUUUAAUGGGUGCAGGAAUUGCUCAGGUUUCUGUGGAAAAGGGACUUGAGGUCAUGAUGAAAGACACCACCCUGGAUGGCUUGAGCAGGGGACAGCAGCAGGUCUACAAAGGCUUGAAUGAUAAAGUAAAAAAGAAGAGUAUGACAUCAUUUGAGAGGGAUAUGUUCCUAAGUGGCCUCACGGGGCAGCUGGAUUACAAGGACUUUGGGAAGGCUGACAUGGUCAUUGAAGCUGUCUUUGAAGACAUCAACAUCAAACACAAAGUGCUUAAGGAGGUGGAAGCAAUGGUCCCUCCUCAUUGUAUCUUUGCCAGCAACACAUCUGCUCUCCCCAUCAGUCAGAUAGCUGCAGCCAGCAAAAGGCCAGAUAAGGUGAUUGGGAUGCACUACUUCUCUCCUGUUGACAAAAUGCAGUUGCUAGAGAUCAUCACUACUGACAAGACAUCCCAGGACACAGCAGCCUCUGCUGUUGCUGUUGGUCUCAAGCAAGGAAAGGUCAUCAUUGUGGUUAAGGAUGGCCCAGGAUUCUAUACAACUAGGUGCCUUGCACCCAUGUUGGCUGAAAUUGUCCGUGUCCUCCAGGAAGGUGUUGAACCUAAGAAAGUAGAUUCCCUUUCCACUGGUUUUGGCUUUCCUGUUGGAGCUGCUACUUUGAUUGAUGAAGUUGGGGUUGAUGUUGCCACUCACGUUGCUGAAGAUCUUGGCAAAGCUUUUGGAGAACGGUUCGAAGGAGGGAAUGUGGAGAUAAUGAAAGCCAUGGUAGACAAGGGCUUUCUAGGUCGCAAAGCAGGAAAAGGCUUUUAUAUUUACAAAGAAGGUGCAAAGAAUCGGGAUGUCAACACUGGAAUGAAUGAAAUUCUAGAGAGAUUCAAAGUGGUUGCCAAGCCGGAGGUGUCCACAAAAGAAGAUAUCCAAAUGCGUUUGGUGACUAGGUUUGUGAAUGAAGCCGUUUUGACCUUACAAGAGGGCAUCCUCAGCAACCCUGUGGAGGGGGACAUUGGUGCUGUAUUUGGACUAGGCUUCCCACCGUGCCUGGGAGGCCCCUUCCAAUAUGCAGACCACUAUGGGGCCCAGCGGCUCGUGGACUGUAUGAGGAAGUAUGAAGAUGUCUAUGGGAGCCAAUUCACACCGUGCCAGUUGCUACUUGACCAUGCCAAGGACUCAAGCAAGAAAUUUCACAAGAGAACUGCCUAAAUAGGCAUCUGCUAACCUAAAGGAAAAGGGGAAGAGCUGCAAGAGAUCUUUGAAUUGGAGGGCUGUGGAUUUUAACUCUUUAAGUGCCUUAGCUGUUCAGGCACUACUUCUCCCUGAUCCACACCUUAUCAGGCUGAAUGUUGACCUCAUUAUCACGAGAAAGAAUGGGGAGGUUUCUGCUCAAAGUAUGGUACUUUUCAGUCCCACUGUCAGGAACUACUCAUGAGAAAGCAGAUGUAGCUUGCAGAGAAUUCGUAAGAAUAAACCCUAGUGUAUUGUUCUGUACAUAA